UGUGGAAAUAUCAAUUUAUAGGCUGCAGCGUGAUUUGUUGGCUGUUAGUUGAUUUAGUGCUGGGAAAGGGAAUGAUAGAAGUCUUUAAAUGGAAGCAGAUCGACUACCAUAAUCGCGGUGAACAAGCGCAAACUUCGCAUGGGUAUGGAAGAUACCGAUAUAGCGCUAGAGACUCGCGGCCUAUAGACAAUGUCACUGACACAUCCUAUAUUGCCUACAACAAUGUGCCAAUGGGUGUUACACAUUUUCGUGGACGACUUUUUGUAACCAUGCCCAGAAGGCAGACUGGCAUACCAUCGACCUUAAACUAUAUUGACCUGCGUCGGGAUGGCAGGUGGAACAGCAGUCCAAAGUUGAGGGCUUACCCAGAUUUCGAGUUGAACCAGUAUAAUCACAGUGCCCACAAUCUUGUAUCAGUCUAUCGGACCUCGUUGGAUCAAUGUCAACGAUUGUGGUUCAUUGACACAGGAAUGUUGGAAUAUCCAAAUAAUCGUCAGCAAAUAAAAAGACCCAGCAUCUGGAUCGUUGACCUCCAUACUGACCGGGUUAUCAAACGCUUUGAAGUCCCAGAGACCAUUGCGCAAAUCGGACGCGGCAUGGCCAGCAUUACCAUCGACAUUGAAAAUGAACGAGACUGCAAUUGUGCAUUUGCAUACAUACCGGAUCUGAUUAAUCGCAAGUUAUAUGUUUACAGCUUGGCCGAAGAUCGCAUCUGGUCGUUUGAACACCCUUUCUUCAACCCUGAUCCAUUGACCAAAGAAUUGAACAUUGCCGGUCAGUCCUUCCGUUGGCCCGAUGGCAUCUUCUCCACGACCUUGGGACCUCGGCAUCCGGAUGGCAGCCGAAGUGUCUAUUUUCAUCCCAUGGACAGCUACAAUGAGUUUGUAGUCUCCAAUCGAGUGUUGCAGCACGAGCCAAAUGCAGCUCGCUCAGAUCAUGGUAACGAUUUUCAGUUGUUGGGCUCCCGCGGUGAACGAAAGCAGUCCACCAUACAUAAAUAUGAUCCACGGACCCAAGUUGUUUUCUACAAUGAGGUACAGUCUAAUGGUGUGGGCUGUUGGAACACCAAUAAGCCAUUUGCGGUGGCCAAUCAUGACAUCGUCGCGUCGAAUGCUCAGGAAAUGAUCUAUCCAAGUGAUAUGACGAUUGACGAGGAAGGUACCAUUUGGGUUGUCACCAAUUCUAUGCCAAUUUUCAUUUACUCUACCUUAGAUCCAAAUGCCUACAAUUUCCGCAUUUGGAGGCAAAAUGUCUAUGAAGCAAAACGAAAUACGGUUUGCGAAUGAAUUGUAAUUAUUUAUGGGGUCUUACGACUGAUUUGAAAUCAAACAAUAAGAAAUUUUAA